AGGGCUCUGAGGUUGAAUACGUCAUUGACUUCAUUGUCAGCAACAGCAACAGCAGCAACAGCAGCAACAGCGACCCAUAAAGAUGUUGAAUCAGAUGAAAAUAGUAGUUACUUUGACAGCGAUGAUGAUUAUAUGCCGGAGAUACAUGAUGACGACUACAAAAUACCCUACGUUGAUGGACCAACAGCCGUUGAUUAUAGCCUUCAUGAAAAGUCACAAUCUGCUGCUCCAUUGAUCAUUACAGGCAACGGAAACAUGGACAAUCCAAAACGUUCAGAUAUACCACUUUGUGAAAACAUCCUUCCUUUGAAGUUGCAGAACAAUCACAGUCAAGUCUCGGUUGUAUCAACCUCAGACAGUGUCUGCGAAUUGCGUGACGAUAAUGACCCUAAACAACCUUCAACUGAUACAAUUCUAGCGUUGGAUGAGAAAAUACGUUAUUAUGUGCCAACAAUACUACCCAAGAAACUGACUCAUUGCAAAGUCACCAAAAUCACUAAUCAUUCAUCAGCGAAAGAUCAUAUGUAUGAAUUAUUUGUUCAAUUGAAUAACAAGACUGUUGGGGUUUAUAGUGGUGUUCUAAGCAAGAUCGAUAAAGGCAUCAGUACCGACAUCCCCGUUGGCGAACCUCUAAUAUUUAACGACCUGCAAUGGCCAUUCACCUUCAACUUUAUUGUUACUGCUACACCGCUCAAAAAGAAAAAUAUUGUUCGUCAAGCUUUUACAAAAAUCAACACAUGGAACCAUCCUCCCUCUUAUCUAAAAAGAAACGUGAAACGCAUUGGGACUGGUAAAUGUAUGGCAUCACCAGCAGCAGUCAUUCAAAAAGACCAUCCACAACAAAACAAUACCUCGCAUCAAUUGCCCAUAUUUGGCUAUGCUUAUUUAUUAUUCGAUUCUUACCGAAAUGACCUGCUUAACGGAGGGGAAUGCACUCUGAAGAUACAUCAAUGUGUGGAUAGACGUCGUAGUCGCAAAUUAGUGGAUCUUGAACUCUCUGUGAUUUUUGACGAAGAAGAAAUACUACCGACCAUUACUCGUCCUUCUAGUAGUAGUGCUGCUAUUACUACUACUGAUACUAUUACGCGACUAUCAGAAGAAGAGAACCUAUUCAGUUUCAAUGAGCGCAUUCAAAAGGAGACGCGUCAAUCACUGGAUACGUUUCAUAAUAGUCGUAUGGCUAAAACUUAUUGUCAACAUGGUGAUUAUCUAACCUUUUAUACAAGAGGAACUAACUCUCCUGUAUGGAUUCGUUAUUGGGUGGUUUUGCGUGGCGCUUAUCUCGUUGUAUAUGACUUUGGUUACAAGGAUAAACGAAAUCCUAUAACUAUUAUCCCUUUGGUCCCUUUACUGGCCGUGUCCCAAUCUAGCCUCGAUGAUUGUGAAGAAUUUGGUUUAAUGCGUAGUAAAUGCUUUACUUUGAAUUUCAAUAGAGCGAGUGUCGUUGUUAACAAGCCGCAUCACCCUACAACAUUCACCGACUGUAAAGCUUUUGUUAAAUGUGAUGAUGAAAGAAGCUCAGCUUAUUGGCGGUCAGCUAUCUCUACUCAACUGAAGGAUUUGCCUAAUGAUAUCAAAUCAAAAGAAGGUAUUGAAGCUGCCUUUCUUUGGUAGCUUCCUCUUCCACCCGACCGAUCUCAAUCCAAGCCAUAUGCUGUUUACUUUUUUUUAGAGAGAAAAAAAUUACCUACCUGACUUAUUUUAAGAUAUACAUACUCCAAAUAAAAAAUAAAAAAUAAAAGAAAACAAUAGAAAGAAGAAGUUCCAUAUGAUAUAGUGUUACAUUACUCUCACAGUUCAAGAGUGUUGCUAGCUUCUAGCUUGUCAAAAAUAAUGCAUUUUUUUUCUCUGAAAGUUGUCUUAUUGUGAUAGAAUGAAAACUAAGGACGAAUAGCAUUUUUAUUGACAAAUUAAUUUAAAGCUCUCUGUAUCUGAGGUAACAUUU